GCUGACUACGAGGAAUAGGUUAUGUUGAACAAAAUGGCCUUCCUAACAAGAUCAGUAUCUCUACUUUUAAUAAUUUGCCAAAUUAGCAAUGUAUUUGGUGAAAACGACGAAGAAGUUUCGACCGACAGAUACGUCAUCGAAGGAAAAGUUUUCCCUCCUGAAAAUGCAAUACUUAGCGGAUGGCAACUCAUGACUCACGUCAUGGCAAACGGAGGGGAACAUGUUGGAUAUCUUAGGGAGGACGGUUCGUUCACAAUUUCCAAUGUCCCGUCGGGUUCUUACAUCAUCGAAGUUGUCAACCCCAACUAUGCUUAUGAGCCUGUACGAGUUGAGAUAAAUUCCAAGGGAAAGUUCAGAGCUCGAAAAGUGAACUUAAUUCAAACUUCACAAGUUAUUCAAGUUCCAUAUCCUUUGAAAAUGAGACCAUUUGCUCCAUUCCGAUAUUUUCAACUUAGAGAACAGUGGAGAGUAACAGAUUUCUUAUUUAAUCCAAUGGUUCUCAUGAUGAUACUGCCUCUUUUAUUAAUAAUGGUUCUACCAAAAAUAAUGAAUGAUCCAGAAACACGAAAGAUUGUCGGUACUUCUUCGUUUCAGGAAAUGGAGCAAUUGAAUAGCUUGACUAAAUAUGAUAUGCCUGAAAUGUCAGAAAUGAUAACGACUUUCUUUGCUGGAGAAGAGAAACAAAAAUCAAAAGCAGUGAAAGCGGCUAAGAAGAGACAAUAGAAACGAAAUAAUAAAUGCACAGUCACAUAUUCAAAUUUGUUUCGAUACACAAUGGAAUUGUAAUUUACAUUAGUCAAUUUAGUCCUUGUUGUAUCUUGUUACACCUUGUUUUAGGAUUAUAAUUAUUUUAUGAAUGAGAAUUGAGUGGUACUAAAAAAUACCAAACUUACGUAUCUAUUUUUUAAUUGAACUUGUUUUAGCUAUGUACAAUGCUUCAUUGUAAGUAUUUAGUUAUUUUAAUAAUAUUUGUGAUGCAAAGUUUAAAUUCAGUUACCGUUGUAAAAAUUAAGAACCUAAAUGAUAGCAUCAAA